GGUAAAGGCUUGUGAAGGGCAGCCCGGAUCCGGUGGAACCCCUCUUUGUCCCUUGGUAGGAGAGACACCCCAGUCUGUCCUCGAUGCCGUCAGCCUUGGCCAUCUUCACUUGCCGCCCGAACUCGCACCCGUUUCAGGAGCGCCAUGUCUACCUGGACGAACCUAUUAAAAUCGGCCGCUCCGUGGCCCGCUGUCGACCAGCGCAGAAUAAUGCUACCUUUGAUUGCAAAGUGCUGUCAAGGAACCAUGCUCUCGUCUGGUUUGAUCACAAGACGGGCAAGUUUUAUCUCCAAGACACUAAAAGUAGUAACGGUACCUUUAUAAAUAGCCAGAGAUUGAGUCGAGGCUCUGAAGAAAGUCCACCAUGUGAAAUUCUUUCUGGUGACAUUAUCCAGUUUGGGGUAGAUGUAACGGAGAACACACGGAAAGGUACGGUUACCCAUGGGUGUAUUGUUUCUACAAUAAAACUUUUUCUACCAGAUGGUAUGGAAGCCCGGCUCCGCUCAGAUGUCAUCCAUGCUCCAUUACCAAGUCCUGUUGACAAAGUUGCUGCUAACACUCCAAGUAUGUACUCUCAGGAACUAUUCCAGCUUUCUCAGUAUCUACAGGAGGCCUUACACCGGGAACAGAUGUUGGAACAGAAGCUAGCCACACUUCAGCGGCUACUUGCCAUCACCCAGGAGGCCUCAGAUACCAGUUGGCAGGCUUUAAUAGAUGAAGAUAGACUCUUAUCACGGUUAGAAGUUAUGGGAAACCAAUUACAGGCAUGCUCUAAAAAUCAAACCGAAGAUAGUUUACGGAAGGAACUUAUAGCAUUACAAGAGGAUAAACACAACUAUGAGACAACAGCCAAAGAGUCCCUGAGGCGGGUUCUUCAGGAGAAAAUUGAAGUGGUUAGAAAACUUUCAGAAGUUGAGCGAAGUCUGAGUAAUACUGAAGAUGAAUGUACCCAUCUGAAAGAAAUGAAUGAACGGACUCAGGAAGAAUUAAGAGAAUUAGCCAAUAAAUAUAAUGGAGCAGUUAAUGAGAUUAAAGAUUUAUCUGAUAAAUUAAAGGUAGCAGAAGGAAAACAAGAAGAAAUCCAACAGAAGGGACAAGCUGAGAAAAAAGAAUUACAACAUAAAAUAGAUGAAAUGGAAGAAAAAGAACAGGAGCUCCAGGCAAAAAUAGAAGCUUUGCAAGCUGAUAAUGACUUUACCAAUGAAAGGCUAACGGCUUUACAAGUACGGUUAGAACAUCUUCAGGAGAAAACUCUUAAAGAGUGCAGCAGCUUAGGGAUACAAGUUGAUGACUUCUUACCUAAAAUAAAUGGGAGCACAGAAAAAGAGCACUUGCUUUCAAAGAGUGGCGGGGACUGCACUUUUAUUCAUCAAUUCAUAGAAUGCCAGAAGAAGCUGAUCGUCGAGGGGCAUCUAACCAAAGUGGUAGAAGAAACAAAGCUUUCAAAAGAAAACCAGGCAAGAGCAAAGGAAUCUGAUUUGUCGGAUACUCUGAGUCCAAGCAAGGAAAAGAGUAGUGACGACACUACAGACGCCCAAAUGGAUGAGCAAGACCUAAAUGAACCUCUUGCUAAAGUGUCCCUAUUAAAAGAUGACUUGCAGGGUGCACAGUCAGAAAUUGAGGCAAAACAAGAAAUUCAGCAUCUUCGCAAGGAAUUGAUUGAAGCCCAGGAACUAGCUAGAGCAAGUAAACAAAAAUGCUUUGAACUUCAAGCUCUUUUGGAAGAAGAAAGAAAAGCCUAUCGAAAUCAAGUUGAGGAAUCCAGUAAACAAAUACAGGUUCUUCAAGCCCAACUGCAGAGGUUACACAUCAAUAUUGAGAAUCUCCGGGAGGAGAAGGACAGUGAAAUCACAAGCACUCGAGAUGAACUGCUUAGUGCCCGAGAUGAAAUUUUGCUCCUUCGUCAGGCAGCAGAAAAGGCUGCCUCUGAGCGGGACACUGACAUUGCUUCAUUACAAGACGAGCUUAAGAAGGUGCGAGCUGAGCUUGAGCGGUGGCGGAAAGCAGCGUCUGAAUAUGAGAAAGAAAUCACAAGUCUGCAAAACAGUUUUCAGCUUCGGUGUCAGCAGUGUGAGGACCAGCAGAGAGAGGAAGCAACAAGGCUACAAGGUGAACUAGAGAAGUUGAGAAAGGAAUGGAAUGUAUUGGAAACCGAAUGCCAUUCUCUAAAAAAGGAAAAUGUUUUGUUAUCAUCAGAACUGCAGCGGCAAGAAAAAGAAUUACACAAUUCUCAGAAGCAGAGUUUAGAGCUUACCAGUGAUCUCAGCAUCCUUCAGAUGACUAGGAAAGAGCUUGAGAGUCAAGUGGGAUCCUUGAAAGAACAGCAUCUUCGGGAUUCAGCUGAUUUAAAAACUCUUCUCAGUAAGGCUGAAAACCAAGCAAAGGAUGUACAGAAAGAGUAUGAAAAGACACAGACUGUACUCUCAGAACUGAAGUUGAAGUUUGAAAUGACUGAGCAGGAAAAACAAUCAAUCACAGAUGAGCUCAAACAAUGUAAAGACAACCUGAAGCUGCUCCGAGAGAAAGGAAAUAAUAAACCCUGGCCCUGGAUGCCCAUGUUGGCUGCCCUGGUUGCGGUGACAGCCAUCGUGCUGUACGUGCCAGGUCUGGCCAGAGCUUCUCCAUGAGAGCGUUUCUUGAGUCCGUACACCGUCCUCCCUUUAGAAGCUGGCAUCACACUCAUGCUGGGGACAAACAGAACCAUUUUCUUCCUUUUUACCUCUUAAGACAGCAGAAGUGCAAGAAUACAGCUGUAGGGUCAUUGCUUUAACUUAUAUAAAAUGUAUCUAUCUAUAAAGAGGAUAUAAAAUUGUGACUUUAUUCUACUGUAAGCAAUAAUUUGCUUGCAAUUUUUCAUGUAAUUUUUAAAUUAGUACGUUGAGAUUCUGAAUAUUAUGGUGGCCUAAAGUAGGCUUCUUGGUACACCAAAUUAUUUAUAACAUUAAAUUUAUGGGUAUUUUACUCUGAAUUCUAAUGGCCAGAUGAUUCAUUUUUCUGAUUCGAUAACUACCCAAACCAAACAACCAAUACAUACAUGGGAAGAGAGGCCCUGUGUGCUCAGUGCCUAUCAGUUUGAAAUAUAUACACAUAUAUAUAUUUUUUUUACAUAUUUACGCCAUUUUUACUUGUUAUAAAACCACUGAGCUAUUGGGAACAAGACUUAGAGACAACUAUUUGCGUGGAUUUUCUUUCUUUCUUUCUUUCUUUUUUUUUUUUUAAGGAGAAAUACACUUGGAAAAUAUUCUGUUCUAGUGAUAAUUCGGGGACUGUGUGCACGCUUGUUCAGCCUUAAUGUGACUUGACGAUGUGGAGGACGUCAACUCUGAAAACCUUUCCAUGAGAGUGUGUAUUUUCUUGAGCAAACUGAAGUAUUUCUGGGAGCAAAAACAGUAAUUCUACAAUUUCAGUGCAGUAAACCAAACUGUUGAGUCAAUUGGAAUGUAAUUUAUUAAACCUCAUGUAUUUAAAGAGAUAUUUUCUUUAAAAACCAAGUUACUUUCUCAUAUACGGCAUUUUAGGAAGCAUGAUUUUUUUUUUCUAUCAUCUCUUCCUCCAAGCAUGUUUAAUUGAAGAAAGAAUUAAUAUCUCUUUAGAUAAGCUUUUACUGACUUAAUUUGGUUAUGAUACUUCAAAGCUAAUUCAUGUUCAAGGUGAGCUGUUGUUACCUACCAACAGAUUUCCUGGUCAGGUAUGCAAAUGGUUAUUUUCUUUUUACUGUUGUUAAUUGGGACGUUCUGUUUAUGAGAAGCAUCAUUCCCAAGAUUAAUAGUGUUCCAUGCACAGUGAAGCACCUAAACACUGCUUGAUGUUAUAAAUUUAAAACACAAAAGUGAAAGUUUAGCUAUGGUUUUGUGCGGCACCACAGUUAUGUCAAUAAAAUUUAUUGAGGUCGUAGACUAUCCUAAAGUUUCACCUCGUUAAAUUUCUCAGUCAGUGCAACUGGGAGGGAAUGUCAGUGAAUUGGCUCGAAUGUUCUGUGGGCAUCCACAGGCCUAGCCAAGUGUUGAAAUUGAAGUUUAGGAUAUAAUUUGCCUUGUGAUGUUUGGCAGUCGUUGUUUAUACUUUAAAGGUUAUAUUUUAAGCUAUUUGGGAUUUGCUGUUGGGAGGAUCACUAGAUUUAUGGAGGAAUUAGUCACCAAUGACUUGUAGAAAAUGCUGUCAUAUAGUUCAUUUCAUCCUUUUCUGUUGCAGGAAGCCACUCCACCACAGAAUGCUAAUAUGCCAGUGGUACCCAGUACCUCUUGUAUAUAGGUUAUUGCAAAUAUUGUUCUGAAAUGCUUAACUUCAGAAUUACAUUUUUUAAAGUAAAUAAUUGUUUUAAAUCUAUUUUGUAAAGAUAUAAAGUACAAUAGAAUUUCUGGAGUACAGAUUAAACUAUUUGCACUAA